AUGGGUCGAGGAAAGCUAAGCAUGGAGCUGAUAACGAAUGAGAAGUCUCGAAUGAUAACUUAUCAGAAAAGAAAAAAGGGUUUAACCAAGAAACUGCAGGAGUUCCAUAUUCUCUGUAACGUGGACGCCUGCGUGAUCAUCUUAGGGCCAAAUUUCAAUAAUCGUCCCGUUGAUGUUGAGACAUUCCCUACUGAUCGAUUUGAUAUGAUGCGUAUUAUAAACAGAUACAGAUCUCAGGAGAAGGAAGGUAGGAAAAACCAAGAUUUGUCUAGUUUCUUUGUUGCUCGUCAGAAGAAACUUGACGAUGAGAUUGCUAAACUGCGUAAGGCUUGUCUGAAAGCGAAGUUUCCAACGUGGGAUAAUCGUUUAAGCCUGUUGCAAUCUUCUGAACUUGAUAUACUUUCUAGGGUUCUUGAUUCUAAGCUUGAAGUUGCCACCAGUAGGAUUUUGAACGUUAGAGGAGGCUGCUCCACCAUUAAUAAUUACAAAUCGAGUUCAAUGGCUUCAACUUUCGCAAACGCAUUGCAGCAAAAGAAUAUGGAGCUAGAGGUUUUCAAAAAGCAGGAGCCAUUAUCUUUUGUAAAACCAUCUCAAAAUCUUCCUCAGAUGCUUCCUUUAUAUGUUAAUCCUCUCAAUAAUCCAGUGUUGAUGAUGAUGAUGAUGGCGAACGGUGAGGAUUAUUACAACCAGUUUGUGGGUGAGUGUAGCAGCAGCAGCAGCAAGAGAUUAUCGUGGUCCCCAGUUAAAGCUCCUGCUGGCUCUUUUGAUCAUCAAGCUUGUGAUAAGGUGAUGAUGGUGAAUAAUAAUUCUAGGGCUCACCCAGUAAGCUACUGUGGUCUAAGCAGUCAGCCAUUGCUGUCUGCUAAUGUUUCUUCCCAUAUGCAAAUUCCUCAUCCUCAAUUCAAUGGCUUAUCUGAUAUUAAUGAGUUUGAGAUAAGGAAUAAAGAAAAGACAGUGAAAGAUAUGAAUCUUGAAGCAUCGAUCAAGGAAAGAAGCUUGCAGUUCUGGAGUUGA